CAACUUUGUCUGCGGACCGACCAACUUAACAGGGUCUGAUGCUGAGAUCGGAUGCUGAGCACAGUUCGGGAAGAGGCGACGUUAGAUAAGUGAAAGCUCCUGCCAUGGCUGCAGCGGUGUGGACGGAUCGAGGAACCCGGGCUAAGAAUCUGCUGUGGAUACUGACAGGAUCCAGAUCGAAUCACACUUCUUUAAAACCCUGCUAUGACGCGCUGGUCAUCGGAGGAGGACACAAUGGGCUGGUGGCAGCCGCCUAUCUUCAGAAGGGAGGGGUGAAGACAGCUGUGCUGGAGCGCAGACAUGUGCUGGGAGGGGCAGCUGUCACAGAGGAGAUCUUUCCUGGUUUUCUCUUCUCCAGGUGCUCAUAUUUGCUCAGUUUGUUACGACCUCACAUAUGCAGAGACCUUGAGCUGAAGAAACAUGGAUUGAAGGUAUACAUGAGAGAGCCCCAUUCUUUCACCCCCAUGUUGGAGGAGGGGAUUAAAGGGGCUGCACCAAGGUCCCUCACCCUCGGGUCAGAUCUGGCCAAAAACCUAAAUGAGAUCGGCAAGUUUUCACAGAAGGAUGCUAAGGCUUAUCCUGAAUUUGUUGCACAUCUUGAAAAGUUAGCUAGUGCCAUCCACCCUCUGCUGGAUUCUCCACCUGUAGAUAUCAGAGGAGUUACAGCUGGAUCACUGAGGGAGAGGCUGGCUGCAACUAAAACGCUGAUGCCGUUUGCCAAAUUAGGUCUGAAACUUGGAGGGAAUAUUCCAGACUUUUAUGAAAUUAUAACUGCACCUAUCAUGAAGAUUCUCACUCGGUGGUUCGAUUCAGAGCCACUGAGGGCAACAUUAGCUACUGAUGGUGUGAUAGGAGCCAUGACCAGUCCUAGUAACCCUGGUAGUGGGUAUGUGCUCUUGCACCAUGUAAUGGGAGAGCUGGAAAAGGAGAAAGGAGCGUGGGGUUAUGUGGAGGGAGGCAUGGGAGGUGUGUCUCAGGCUAUAGCAAGAGCUGCUCAGUCUUACGGAGUAGACGUUUUUACAGAGAAGAAUGUCGAACAGAUCCUUGUUGGUUCAGAUGGUGCAACAAAAGGAGUAGUGCUAAAAGAUGGCACCGAGAUUCACAGUAAUGUGGUUCUGUCAAAUGCCACCCCGUAUGCUACCUUCAAGUACUUGACACCAAAGGGUGCUCUUUCUGAAGAGUUCAUCAAAGCUGUAGACCAGGUAGACUACACUUCACCUGUUACAAAGAUUAACGUGGCAUUAGACAAAUUACCAAACUUUCUGGCAUCACCCACACCAGAUGAUAAGCCUGGACCCCAUCAUCAGUGCUCAAUACAUCUGAAUUGUGAAAACGUGGACAUACUUGAGGCUGCAUAUAAAGAUGCCAUCAAUGGACGUCCCUCAGCGAGACCUAUGCUGGAGAUGACUAUCCCAUCUGUUUUGGAUCCCACUCUCGCUCCCCCUGGCUGCCAUGUUGUGUCAUUGUUCACUCAGUUUACCCCCUACCACAUCAAAGGCAGGGAGUGGACCCAGCAGGACAGAGAAGACUUCGCAGACACUGUUUUUGACUGGGUGGAACAAUACGCCCCUGGGUUUAAAACCUCCGUUGUGGGCAGAGAUAUCCUGACUCCCCCUGACCUGGAGAAGAUCUUUGGACUCACUGGCGGGAAUAUCUUUCAUGGAUCAAUGUCUCUGGACCAGCUCUACCUAGCACGACCUUUGCCCUCACUUUCAGACUAUCGCUCACCAAUUAAAGGACUCUAUCUGUGUGGCAGUGGCUGCCAUCCAGGUGGCGGUGUGAUGGGUUCUCCAGGCUGCAACGCGGCGCUCACUGUUAUAUCUGAUUUGAAGCGUCGCUGAGAAUUGUGACAGCAUUAUUGCAAAAGCAUACACUAACCUCUUCUAUACUGCACAACUACAUAAGUUAAAUAAAAAAAAAAACUUUUUAAAGUUCAAAAUUAAAAAUUGCAACCCACACUCCAGUCUUGCAUAAGUACUCACAUACCCCUUGAAUGUCACAUUCUGUCAUGUUCCACGAACAAAUUUAUUUACUAGAACUGUUAGUGACUUACCAAUACAAAGUAGCAUAUAAUUGUGAAGCAAGAGUCAAGCAUUUCCCUGUGUUGAGCUCCAUGCAUCUGUCAAUCAACUCUGACCUACUUCCAUGUAUUUUCUGAAGAGAAGUAGCCCCUCAGCAUGAUGCUGCCACCACCAUGUGUUCAGAAGGAUGUCAGGUUAGCAUUUUGCAUUUUUCAGUACCGUUUAACCAAACAUAGUUGUGACAAACUACAACUACUUGCUGUAACUUUCUUCUUGCCAUUCUUCCACAAAGACCAGAUUUGUGGGAAACUUGGCCAAUUGGGGUUUUUUUGCAACAGGUUCUCCCACCUGAACAACUAGUCUUUGCUGCUCCUCCAGGGUUACCAUGGUAAUCUUGACCACUUUUCUGAUAAUUGAUCCCUUUUCCUAACCUGUCAGUUUACAGAAGCCAUGUCCUGCUGGUCUCCAGCUCUACCUGGGUACUAUCCAUACCAUUUAAGGGGUAUGGAUGCUUAUUUAAAGGAAUAUAUUUGAUUAUGUGUCUUUAUUUUGGGGUUAUUUUCUACAACCAUGGAUGAAAGAAGUCAAAUCUUAUCCUAUAGACAUUUAAUGAAGGUGACAAUGAAAUGGUCUGUGGGACAGGUUUUGCAGUCAUCUCUUUAGACUAUUGCAACUUUGAAAUCACUUGAUCAUAAGAGAGAAACACAUUUUGAUUGGGAAAAGUAGUUAAUAUGUAUCAGUUUAAUCAAGUGGAAAUACAUUUUUAUACAAGUAUCAGCUAAAGAUGAGCAGUACAAAAGCUUGCAUGUUCCUCAAAACUGACAUUUUAAGGUGAUCUUAAACACCAUUAUCUAAGAUGAUUGCAAUCAUGAAAAUGAUGCAGUGACAAUUUUAGGUUUGAAAAUGUUUAAGUAAAUUCAAGCAAAGCUGUUUUGUAAAGUUUGGUGUGUUUGACAAGCCAAAAUAAAUUAAUAUCUCCCAUCUG